AUGCUCUCAUUCUUAAUGAACAUCUACUUGAAGCAGGCAGUCAAGCCUUGCGACGGGACUGAUAUCAGUAUGGGCAUUCCUCGCGAUAUGGGUUAUCGCGAGGGUUACAGAGCAGUAGUCCCUGUCGGGUCGCGAGCGCCGCUGGAUAAUAGAGCCGGUUUGCGGUCUGUGUUUUUCAUUGGAUACAGGUCAUUUCACCAGUUGGGUGGCAGAGAAGACAGUCAGGAACUGAAAAGGUUCUGGCUCACCCUGGAAGAUUACUGGGAUAAAGAAAAGGUGAAGGCCUGGAGAGACUGUGUGGUUGGCCCCGACACGACUGAAACUGCGGAUAACCUGUUGGCCUUAGCUGCACACGUUCACAGCCUGUGGGGCGAUGCACGAUUUGCCCUUAAACCAUUCGAGAUGAACCCCAAGAAGACAGAGCUCAUUGUUCAGUUUUAUUGGCUACCUUCAACUGAAUAUAAACACAUGAUCUCCUCGGGGCAUCAAGUCGUGUUCAAGACAGCUAAUCCGGACAUUCAUCCUCUCCCAUCCAUGGAUAGUCUACAGAUGCAGUGGAACUUGAUCCGGCUGCAAGCUUUGAGUGGCGCCGCUACUGCGGACGAUCUCAUUGUUCAUACAGAUCCUGGAUCAGAAGAUGAAGGUGCUGCGUAUAUGGCCGCAGAAAAUGAGAGCACCGACUGUAACCAAGAAGAUGAAGAAGAUGAAGAAGAUGAAGAAGAUGAAGAAGAUGAAGAAGAUGAAGAAGAUGAAGAAGAUGAAGAAGAUGAAGAAGAUGAAGAAGAUGAAGAAGAUGAAGAAGAUGAAGAAGAUGAAGAAGAUGAAGAAGAUGAAGAAGAUGAAGAAGAUGAAGAAGAUGAAGAAGAUGAAGAAGAUGAAGAAGAUGAAGAAGAUGAAGAAGAUGAAGAAGAUGAAGAAGAUGAAGAAGAUGAAGAAGAUGAAGAAGAUGAAGAAAAUAAAAAAGAUGAAAAAAAUAAAGAAGAUGAAGAAGAUGGCAACGAUGAUGCGCCAAGCAGACAAGCUGUCCAUCCUGCUCGUGCCGUUAGGUCAGAGAACGUGCCACCCAGGCACGGACUGGACAAGCACAUUGAGCUCCCAGUGCGAACUUUCAGAGAGAGGAGUCCCAACCACCGGUCGUAA